AUGUUGGACGCAUUUCUGGGUUUAAUUCUCACCACCGCUGCAAUUGUAACCGGUCAGAAUUCUUUUGGAAAUGAAACCUACCUGAGGGAUGAUGUGAAUUUGUUAAGUGAACUAGAAACUCCCCAGUCGGGUCGACAAGGAAGAUUUUUCCCGUUCUUCAGUGUGGUGCGUUUUGCAAACUCGCAAUGUUCAGGAUCUCAAUCCACUUUAAUUGGAACUUGUUUUACAAAGCGAGAAUGUAUCAGUAUGGGAGGUGUAAAUUCGGGUAGUUGCGCUAAUGGGCUAGGUGUCUGUUGUGUAUUUAAAAAAAAUUGUGGUUCGACAACGAAUAUUAACAACACCUAUUUUAUGAAUCCGGAGUAUCCAUUAAAGUAUCAAGGAGGCGAACAGUGUUCAAUUUCGGUCACUCGAUGCAAUUCAAAUAUAUGCCAGUUACGUAUAGAUUUUUUGGAUCUUCGUCUUGCUCAGCCAAAUGCCGACGGAAACUGCGAUAAAGAUGUUUUAUUAAUUUCUGGUGGAUCAACUAACGUCCCAAGGCUUUGUGGACAAAUUAACCAACAUGUAUACGUCGAUUUUAACAAUGAUAAUCCCAUAACGAUAAACGUUCACAUAAAUUCGGAUUUCGCUUUUGAUGAUCGACGAUGGAACUUCCAAAUAAAACAAAUAGCGUGUGAUUCAGCAUGGAGAGCACCCACUGGAUGCCUUCAAUAUUAUACUGAUAUUACAAAUACGGUGACGAGUUUUAAUUAUGGAACUGUUGUAAAUCCUCGUGCGCCAACCGUUGGAUCGAGACAAAUGGCUAAUUUAAUGUAUGGAGUUUGCGUUAGAAUGGCAAUAGGAUAUUGUGGUAUUGAGUGGUCCCAAUCUGGUACCAAUUCGUUUGUGGUUACUGGCGAUCCAGGAAUAAUACCUCCAAACGAUCCAGAUCCAAACGCAGGGGCAGAGUCUGGCUUAAAUUGUGAUAAAGAUUUUGUUAUUAUACCCAAUCCCUUUGUAUCUGGAACUGUCUCAAACACCGAUAGAUUUUGUGGAACUAGUUUCUCCACGAAAACAAGUAGCCUCAAGCCUUUUGUACUUUAUGUCGUUACCAACGGCAGCAGAAAUGGUAAAAUUCAAAGCAGAGGCUUUUCUCUAACUUACAAGCAAACUAUGUGUGCAGUCUAAUUUAACUUAACCCUUCGUGUGUACACUGAGUCUUUAAUGGAACAUUCGAAAUUUAAAAUUCAAUUACCCUCCCGCAUUUUUAAUAUAUUUCAAUUUUUAUUAACAACGGUUUCAAACUUUUGAUUUUGGCAACUACUGAGGCAUGAAGCACAUACUUCUAGAAGUAUCCCUACAUUUUUUUCAGAUUUUUGUAAAGCCUUAAAACCCUUUAAAAUCCACCUGUUCCCUAAAAGACCCAGUGUACACACCGUGUCUCCAAAAAUAUAGUGUACACACGCAGGGUUAAUUAUUUUCAAGCAACCCGAAAGCCUUUUUAUACUUUUACUUUUAAAUA